AUGGGGAACGCUGAGAAAUGUCGGCGAAAUUCCUGCCAGUCCCCGGAUCAGCCUUAUGAUGAGAUUGGCAUUCUGCGCGAUCGGGAUGCCGAGAAGAUCUUGCCUUAUGAAGAUGAUGACUCGCCUUUCCCCGAAGUUCGCGCUGUCAUACAGCCAGUCGACGAUCAGACUUUGCCCGUUAGCACGGUGCGCAUGUGGACCAUUGGUCUUAUCUUUACCAUUAUUGGCAGCGGUCUUAAUCAAUUUUUCAGUCUGCGGCAGCCCAGUGUGACGAUCAGUGCCUUGGUUGCACAAUUACUGGCAUUCCCUGUGGGAUGUGCUUGGGCAAGAUGGAUCCCUCUCGGUAUCAUGAAUCCCGACCGGCAUUUCAACAUCAAGGAGCAUGCCUUGAUCACCAUCAUGGCAAAUGUCUCCAUUGGCUCUGCAGCAGCCACCCAAGUCAUUGAAGCGCUAGUCAAGUUUUACCAUGUACCAUCUGACGGCGGAUUCGAGGUGCUCUUAUGCAUCACUACGCAAAUGUUCGGCUUUGGCUUGGCCGGCAUGGCGUCGCGCUGGCUUGUAGGCCCAGCAUCGAUGUUAUGGCCUCAAGUUUUGUCAAACGCAGCGCUGUUGACAACACUCCAUUCCCAAUCUAAUACCAUGGCGGAUGGCUGGCGCAUCACGCGUCUCCGCUUCUUUCUCUAUGUCUUUAUCGUCGGUGCUGUGUGGUACUUCGCCCCGGGUUAUCUCUUCACGGGCCUCAGCACCUUCGCCUUCAUUUGUUGGAUUGUACCGUCCAAUGUGGUGGUAAACCAACUCUUUGGCCAAACCACAGGGUUGGGGAUGUCGGUGUUGACCUUCGACUGGGCACAGGUGGUCUAUGCCAACCAGAGUCCUCUGCUGGUCCCAUUCUGGGCUGGGCUGAACGUGAUGGGGUCCUUCGCACUUUUCUUCUGGCUCGUAUGCCCGCUAGUGUAUUACACCAACACUUGGUUCUCCGCCCACCUUCCGCUGUUGAAUUCAAACACCUUUGACAACACCGGGAACAUUUACAAUACCAGCCGCAUCAUGAAUCAGAGUGGCGAUGUCAAUCAAGCUGCCUACCGAGACUAUUCGCCUAUGUUUCUUCCGGCUGGUUACGCAAUCACAUUUGGUGUGGCUUUCGCCAAUCUGACGGGCAUAUUCUUCCACAUCGGGCUCUACCAUGGCAAGGAUCUGUGGCAGCAAUACAAAGGCACCAGCAAACAAGAUUGCCACGGUCGACUGAUGUCUUCUUAUAAAUCUGUUCCGUGGUGGUGGUUUGCUGCGAUCACGGUCUUGAUGUUUGUUCUGAGUAUUGUGACCAAUCAGGUAUGGCAUACUGGUCUCCCAGCAUGGGGUGUGCUUGUGGCUUUCCUGCUGCCUGUGGUAUACUUCAUCCCUGUGGGCAUCAUCAAAGCUCUCACAAACAUAAGCAGCAAUCAACUCAACCUGCUCACCGAGUUCAUUGGCGGGUAUGCCUUUCUCGGGCGUCCAGUGGCUAACAUGGCGUUCAAAUUCUACGGUUAUGUUGCUGUACAGCAAGGGCUAGAGUUUGUCGCCGACAUGAAGCUGGCUCACUAUAUGCACAUUGCACCACGACUCUUAUUUAUUGCGCAAGGCCUUGCUACACUCGUGGGUGCGGUCGUCCAGUGCGGCGUUACAGUUUUCAUGAUCACCAGAAUUCGCGGCGUCUGCACCCCAGAAGCAGAAGGCAACUUCAGCUGCCCUCAUGGAAAAGUCACGUAUUCAUCGUCGCUCAUCUGGGGCGCGAUUGGCCCAAGUCGACUGUUCACUCCUGGGCAGAUUUAUAGCAAUCUACUUUGGUUCUUCCUCGUAGGCCCCUUGGCUGUUGUCACCACAUUCUUAUUGGGUCGUCGAUGGAAAAGCGUCAACUAUCUUUCAUGGCCUGUCGCUUUCGGUGCCAUGAGCCUCGUCCCUCCGGCCACUGGAAUCAGCUUUUCUUCUUGGUGGAUUGUGAACUUGAUCUUCAAUGGCCUAAUCCGUCGCCGCAAACCGGCAUGGUGGUCGAAAUAUAACUACGUCCUAUCCGCCGCAUUGGACUGCGGAGUUGCCGUCGCCACUGUUAUCAUCUUCUUCUGUAUAACGCUCCCUGCCGGCUCUCUAAGCUGGUGGGGUAACACUGUCUCUUCUGUCACAGCGGAUGGCAAAGGGACGCCCUACAGGGGUCUGCCAGAAAGGGGAUACUUUGGUCCUACGAAAGGCAGUUGGUAUUGA